AUGCCUUCAGCGAUUGUAACCGGCGCCACAGGCAUCUUGGGCCGAGAAAUCGUCUUCGAGCUCAGCCAACACCGUCAACAAUGGCCCACCAUCCACGCCCUCUCCCGCGGCAAAAAAGAAGACUACCCAGACAACAUAAUCCACAACCACAUCGACCUCCAAUCUUCCCCCGAUGAAAUGGCCGCAGACCUCAAAUCAGUACGCGGCGAAUACUUCUUCUUCGCCGCUUACCUCGCACAAGACGCCGAACAAGACGCCUGGACCGUAAACGGCCGUAUGCUCUCAAACUUCCUCUCCGCGCUCGAAAAGACCAACGCCAUCUCCGACGUAAAACGGAUAAUCCUUGUCUGUGGUGCAAAACAAUACGGGGUCCACCUCGGAAUGCCCAAACAACCCAUGACGGAAGACACGCCCUGGCUGACCGAUACCUCCAAAUGGCCGCCCAACUUCUACUACAACCAGCAAAACAUUCUACACGAGUUCUGCGAAAAACACGCCAAGGAGUGGGUUGUCACGUACCCGAACGAUGUAAUUGGUUUUGCAAUGGGGAAUUUUAUGAAUUUGGCUGCUUCGAUUGCGUUGUAUACUGUUGUUUCAAAGGAACUUGCUGCCUCCUCAUCCUCCAACUCGAACAAGAACAACGAAAUCAUAUUCCCCGGAUCACCCUCCUUCUACACAAAAUUCGACUCCUUCACUUCGUCCAAACUCCACGCCGAGUUCUCCUUCAACGUCGUCAAUGGCGAUGUGGAAUCUUGGAUGAAUCUGUGGCCGAAAGUUGUGAGCUACUUUGGUGCGAGCGUUAAGAAAAAUCAGUUUGGAGAAAAGGCUCGCGAUGGCGAUGGCGAUAGUAUGGCAUCGUCGGUGGAUAUGGCGCCUCAACCACCCAUCUCGGUUCAAGCUGCUGAGCUGGGGUUAGAAGGUACAUACGUUGUCCAAAAAACGAACAAAGUGGAACAGCAUAUUGAUUUGGUCAAAUGGGCAAAGAGAGAUGAUGUGAGAGAGGCUUGGAUCCGUGUUGCGCAGCGUGAGGGGUUGGACAAGACUGCCUUCGACAAGGCGACUUGGCCUUUCUUGGGCUUUGUGCUGGGCAGGAAUUUCGAUCUGGUCAUUAGUAUGAGUAAGGCGAGGGAGUGUGGUUGGAAGGGGUAUAGGGAUACGUGGGGAAGCCUGAAGGAUGUGUUUGGUGAAAUGAGGGGGGCCGGGGUGUUACCAAAGGCCUGA